AUGUGCUCUGCCCCUUGCGCUCCGCCCCCUGGGGAAGGAGGGCAGGAGAAAGGAAUUCGAGGGGGGAGUGCUGUCCACUGCUGCAUGUCUCAACCUCUCAUGUGUGUCUCGCCCCUCACCCUCUCCCCCUCUCCCCCUUCUCCUUCCUUUCUCUCUGACGGCCACGCCCUUCCCCCGUUCCUCCUCUUCCCCUCUUUUCUCUGUUUCUCAUCUCUUCCUGACCACUUUCCCCUGCUUGCCCCACCUCCUUACCUGAUUUCCCAUAUCUUCCCUCUCCCCUUUCCCCUCUCCCCUCCUACCCCUUACGUGCUCCUCCUUCCACCUCAGCUGACAUGCUUCCCCUUUCCCUUCCCCCCUUGCUUCCCUCUUCCCCCUCCUCUUCGCUAUCUCCCCUGUUUGCGUAUUUUCUUGUUCCCCCUCCCCAGCCCUAGUAUUCCCUCCCUCUCCAUGGCUAUUGCAGUGACUACACUGAAGUCUUUUUCUGGUACUACAGCCCGCCUCAGCCCAUCAUCACAUGACAUGCUCGUAGAGAAACCAGUUCCCCUCAUGUUUUUUUCAAGGCCUUGA